AUGGCAGAUAGCAAUAUUAGCGAAAAAAAUUCUGCUUUACGCUUUGCUGAUGUGGGUACACUACCGAAACGAAUGUUGGCACC